CUGUGGUUACUCGUUGUCAAACAAAUGUCAAACUGAAACUUGCGCAAAUUCUCUCAAGAUGACAUACAAACGUAAAAAAUACCAUCACGGUGAUACUCAUCUUAAAAAGCGUUGGAGGCUCAGAAAUAGAAAGAAGGACUUGGAUCAAAUUGAUGUAGAUAUAAAAGAAGAAAACGCAGAGAAGCUGUUGAAUCAAGAUGUGGACUUAGAUCUACCUGGUUCUGCCCAGCAUUACUGUCUUCACUGUGCCCGUUACUUCAUCGACGAUCAAGCUUUGACCGAGCAUUUCAAGACAAAAGUUCAUAAACGGAGGUUAAAAGCUCUCGAAUUAGAACCGUACAGCAUCGAGGAAUCCGAAAGAGCUGCCGGCUACGGAAGUUUCAAGCAGCCCUCUAAAAGGAAGAUUGAAACACAAAACACCAAGAAACUCGAUAUAACUGAUAAUGACGGUGAUGCCGUUUUAGAAGAGGAAAGUCCAAUCAAAAAGAAAAAAAUUGAUGAAGAUGCUACAUAGCAGAAUUAUAAAACAUUUCAUAAACAAACAAAACAUUAACUUGACCACGGUACGAUGUUCUGCAUUAUUCAUAAAUGGUGCUAAAGCAUCAGAAAACUUUGUUUAUGUGAUACCACACAUAGAUUUUCCUGAUCGGCUGAAAAACUUAGACCUUGUUAGAGAAGAGCUACAGAAAAGAAAGGCAAAUUUUGACCUAAAUAAAGCACAAAAUCUUUGGGGUGUAUAUGAAGAGCUAAAAGAGCGUAAGUCUGAAUAUGACAAAAUUAAAGAUAACAUAUCCAAAGAACUAGGACAACUGAUGAAAAAUGACCCAGAGGGUGAAAUCACUAAAAAGCUCAAGAUACAAAUUAGUUUAGUUAAAGAAAAUAUUAAAAAGUUAAAAGUACCCUUAUGGUCUGCUGAAGAGGCAGCUAUACUUGAAGCCUUAGAAUUGCCCAACACCCUGCAUCCCCGUACACCAGAAUCUAACAAUGAAGUUUUGUUCACAAACCUCUCACCACCAACUACAAAGAAAGAUCACCUUCAGAUAGGUAAAGAGCUAAAUCUGAUAUAUUUAAAAAAGAAUGAAAAUUAUUAUUUAAAAGGGGAUGCAGCUAUAUUUGAACUUAGUGCUAAGUUUUAUUUUAGCAAUAUUUUGAAAAAGGCUAAUUUUGUACAGUUUUCAAACCCUGAUUUUGUUAAAAGUGUCAUUGUAAAUGGCUGUGGCUUGGACCACACCAAUCCGGACAAUACUUUCAUCCUGCAUCACAAUGAAAAUACAAAAGUGAAUGUCGAUAGUCGCCUGCACCUUACUGGUGGUGGUUCUCUGUGUUCAUUCAUGGCAUACUAUGCAAAGAAUGUGAUACAUGCUAAAGUUUUGCCAUUGAAACUGUUCACUAUGGGCAGGCAGUAUAUACCAUCUCCAUCAGUUGAAGACAGCUUGUUCCAUGUUAGUCAAGCUUCUGUUAUACAAGUCUUUGAAGCAACAAAAAAGUCGGAAGACCUGGAUACAAGUCUCAAUGAACUAAUUGAAAUUUUGAAAAAUUUCUAUAGCAAACUAGGAUAUCAUUUUCGUAUUUGCAUUGUAUCUGCAGACAAGUUGGCCAUGUGGGAAUCAUUAAGAGUUGUGGUAGAAAUGUAUUCAAGUUCAUUGCAAAAUUAUGUUGAAGUUGCAAAUAUCUCCCUCAGUGGUGACUUUAUUAGCAAAAGAUUAAUGUUUACUUAUGUUGAAAACAAACAAAAUUAUUUUCCCCAUAUUUUGUCUGGUACAUUAUUGAAUGUACCUAGAGUUAUUGCUUGCGUUUUGGAGCAAGAAGGCAAUUUUGUUUUACCUAAACAUUUAAAUAUACAAGAAUGGACUACAUAGUGUAAAAACUACUUAAAUGUAUGUAGAUUUUAUGUUAAGAAU